AUGAGCCUCAUCAUAUCCCCGCCAAAGCUGGUGCUUUUGGCCGUUCACUUAGCCAUCCAUGCCGACCUGGACAGCUUGGCCUUUCUCUCCUCGCGACACGCUGCGGUCUUGCGUAAAGAUCUGGUACUGCGCAUACUCUUGACUUACCUCCCCGAGACGGUUCCAUCUAGCGACUAUGUGUCCUUCCUAGAAGAACUCGCGAAUGGCGAGUUCGCUGAACGUGAAGCCGGUAACAUCGACUAUGCCAUCGCAGAGAACAUUUCAGACGAGGAUGCUGCAAAGAAAGUUCGCAAGCUCCACUUGUUGCCUCUUGCAUGGAAGGAUGCGCCGAUUGAGAUAGGCGACGAUCCGAUGGUUCUAUUCCUGCUCAAGCGUGCACAUCGUGUCGACGAAGAAGCUGGACUGCUCACUCAACUGCCCGAGCUGCUCGGCCCUUUUCUACAAUAUGCUCCUGGGAUCCGCACUUGGAUGGUCUCAACUCUACUGCCAUUGUUGCGGAGAAACUGCGAGUACUACCCGGCAAGCAGCAUACCAUACACCUUGGCCGAGUUUCAGAGUCUCUCUGAUGGCGCUGCCGUCGGUGCUCUUCUUUCCCAGACGGGUGCACGGCAGGAGGACCAUGUAUUCAUCGGCAGAGAUCUGAGAGGAAUGCUCGUUCCUUGGCUACAUGACGAUUCCCGGUGGAAACGGGUUGAGAAAGGUGAUUCUUUCGGGGAGACUGUGUGCAGUCCGGGGUGGGAGCGUUUCCUUGAAUGGUUAUUGGCGCAAAGCUCCAAUUCCUGGCGAGUUGCUGUUGCCGCCGUCGAGCAAUGGGGAGGUGCCGUUGAUGUCGACCUCGGAGACUAUGAUGUCGUUUGGAUCAGUGAGGAACAGCAGCAAUACCUGGACCGGCGAUAUGCUCGUGCCAUUAUGGCCGGUGCAUAUUUGGUUCCCGAGGCCACAAUCGACGCGCUUGAAGGCGCUCACCAGAUGUUGAGAAAGGUCAUGGACCUGUUGGGCCAGGAUGAUACGCUGUCCUUACGUGAAGGAGCGGAUGCGGAUGUUCUACCCCCUGUCGCUUACUUGGAGGGAGGGAGUGUUCUAUCUCACAAGAACACGGCGUUCAUGCGAGAAGGUUUGCUCAAGCAAUCAAACCCUCUCACAACUCCUUCAAAGAGGUCGACCCAUCUACUCCAUGCGUUAAUCCUAAGCGCGUUCAUCCUGACUAGAGCAGGACUGCCCUGCACGAUCAAGAUGGCCGGAGACCUGGCGUUCAUCCAGGACGAACGAGACCAGAAAGCUGAAGUUGUCAAGUUGAUUCACGCUAUCGCUGAACGGGCUCCAAAGAACGGCGAUGAUUUCUGGGCCAAGGCACGAAACGAGAUUCUUUGGCUCAGGAACUGGGGCAUUACCUCCCCACCGAAUGGUCAAGUGAUGGGAGUGUUUGCUAAGGUUGAGCCGGGGGUAAUUGAAACCGAGAUAUUGAAGGCACUUUUGUCUAGUGCCCGGUAUUCGCUCGCAAAAUCGUUAUAUGAGGAUGCUGUCGUGAAGCCGCUGUCGGCACAAACCGUCCAAGAAACUGUCAUUGCCGCUGCUCUCAACGCCUACGAUAACGCGUCCAAUCCGAAUCGCACGAGGGGGGGGCUCAAGAAGUGCGAUGAAAUUAUCAACGCCUUCCCUGGGACUAUUAGCAGCUCUCUUCCCGAACGGUGCCGCAUUGACUCCCUUCUCAAGGCAACACACGCCUUGAGCGACUACCGACUAGUCCUGAGGCAAGGCGAGCCCUUCAGUCCAGUCGUUCUGCGUGUCCACUCAGAUCCCGUCUCCAUCAUCGGUAAGGUUCUAGAGCAGAACCCCAAAGGUUAUACACGCAUCCAUGACCUCUUGGAUGUAGGUUCCAACAUGGUUCGCGCUGGGAUUGUUGACCGAAGCAAAAGGGAGGUUGCCGCCCAGGCAAUAGAAGACGAGGAGGCAUGCGUGGACACCAGCACGAGGCGCAUCACGGCCAUGUGCAUUGAGGCGGCUCUUAAGGAGGACGACUUCGAGACGGCGUAUUCAUAUGUCGUCAACCGGCUCAGCGGUCAAGUCGGCCAUUCAAAGACAGCUUCUCGGGUCCAAAUAGACGAUGACUGGUCAUGGAGGGCCGCGCUGCAGGCGGGACAGUACAUGAGAACAGUACGAACUGUUCGCCCGACACAUCUGGGAAACGCCAGCGGGAACCCUGAUAUUCGGCACCUGGAACAGCGCAUCGACUGCCUCGCCACGGCCCUACGUCUUGCUCCGCCGUCACAAUUACAAGAGAUACUGAAGACGUUCCGGCGCUGCGAGGAACAGCUCGACUCAGCACUCAAGGAAGAGGCCGCUCGGGAAGCUGACCUCGACGCCGCCGCUGCCAACCUCCACUCCGGCAUGCCCGGUGGCUUCGAGGGGGCCCCAACGGCAGCCCGACUUCACAUGCCAUCGGGUCCCCAACAGCCCCGUUUGUCAGCAGGUACGAGCAAGAUCAACGACGACGCGCCGAUGUCGCUGUUUGACUUGUCACGCGCCACGGCACGUGCGGCCUCGCGUAACUUUGCAGCUCUUUCCACGCUACAGCAGUCUGCCGGUGGUAAGGCUCCGGUCCCCGCUCCCGCUUCGUCGGCGUCGGUGGCUAGUAGCGAUGUGGAUCCUCAUGAUGACCACACCAGAACAAGGAAGCGUGACCAGCUUCGUGAGGCUGCAAUGGGAACAUUGACGUCAGGAGUGGGCUGGCUCAUUGGCGCGCCUGCGCCCAACGCACAGCAAGCGCCAAGGACCGAUUAA